GCGACCCGUAAGAGGACUAUUCGCUUUAUUUCUAACGAUCGCUGGUUGAGGUUAGCGGUAUUGCGAAUAGAUAAAUUUAUUAUUUAUAUUCGGCUUGUUUUAAUAGAUUUUCAUCAUGACAACAAUGCCAAUAAAUCCCAAACCAUUUUUGAAUGGGUUGACUGGAAAACCAGUCAUGGUGAAGCUGAAAUGGGGUCAUGAAUACAAGGGUUACCUGGUUUCAGUUGAUGGAUAUAUGAAUUUGCAGCUUGCAAAUACCGAGGAACAUAUAGAAGGCACUUGUACUGGAACUCUUGGCGAGGUGUUAAUCAGAUGCAACAAUGUCAUGUAUAUAAGAGGGGUGGAAGAAUCGGAUGAAGAAGGCGAAAUGAAGGAUUAGGUUUAGCACAAUAAAUCGAAAAUUAAAUGUAGAUAAUUUCAUAUUAUUAAGUCCUCACAUUAAUUUAAUUGUACCAUCAAACUCUUUUAAUAAAAACUUUUAAUAACUCAAUAGAAACAAUGUUACUUAAAUAAAGAUUUAUUUGUACAA